AUGCUGCACUUCAGCCAUCCCGUGGUGCACCCCUCCCCGCCGGUGGUGGGACAGGGGCAGGCGGAGGUGGAGAUGGUGCCACCGCCGGCGCAGGGGCAGGCGGUGCAGGUGGAGGGGCCGAACGGGGACGGGAACGCGCCUGCUGGGGUGAUCACGAGGGACCCCUGGACGCGGUGCGGCCUCGUCUUCCGCCUCCUGCAGGCCGCCUUCGCCGCCGCCGCGCUCGCCGUCAUGGCGUCCACCGACGACUUCUCCUCCGUCACCACAUUCCGCUACCUCGUAGCAGCAGCAAGUGUGCAAUGCCUGUGGAGCCUCGCCGUGGCCAUUCUGGAUGCCUAUGCAAUUGUUGUCAAACGUUCCUUCCGAACUGCCCGGGCUGUCAUCAUACUUGCCCUCGGGGACUGGGUCACAGGUACACUCAUCUUCAGUGCAGCUUGUGGAUCAGCAGCUAUCACCACUCUCCUUUCCAAUGAUUUCGGAGCUUGCUCGGUAAAUCCCUGUGGAAGCUUCAUGAGCGCUACCGCCAUGGCUUUCCUGAGCUGGCUUGCGCGUGUGCCGGCCUUUAUCGGGAACCUUUGGACGGCGGUCCACCGAAUACAAAAAUCGUAG